UCUCAUUUAAAGGCUCUCCGGUGACACACACACGUGGGGACCUGUCGCGUUGCAGAGUUUGGGUAUCAUCCUGUCGGAUCAGGAUCAGAACCAAACAGGAUGACGAGCGAGGACGUGGAGCGGCUGCUGAUCCAGUUCCAGGAUGAGGAUGGGGAAGUUCUGGGGGCCCCGUUCGAUGUUCCCCUGGACAUUACCCCCGACAAACUACAGCUGGUCUGCAACGCCCUGCUGCAGAAGGAGGAGCCCGUCCCGCUGGCGUUCUUUGCGCGGGGAGAAGCAGAAGUGGUGUCCAGCUUGGGGUCGUGCAUCAAGGCUCUGGGGGUGGAGACGGAGCAGGUUCUGCCGGUGGUGUACCAGCCUCAGGCCGUGUUCAGGGUCCGGGCCGUGGCCCGCUGCACCAGCACGCUGCAGGGCCACACGGAGGCCGUCAUCUCCACCGCCUUCAGCCCCACCGGAAAGUAUCUGGCCAGCGGUUCUGGGGACACGACGGUGCGUUUCUGGGACCUGACGACGGAGACGCCGCACCACACGGCCAAAGGCCACACUCAUUGGGUGCUGAGCAUCGCCUGGUCCCCCGACGGCAAGAAGCUGGCGUCAGGCUGCAAGAAGAGUCAGAUCUGUCUGUGGGAUCCGGUGACGGGAAAACAGCUGGGGAAGACUUUGACGGGACACACACAGUGGAUCACCUGGCUCUGCUGGGAGCCGCUUCACCUGAACCCGGAGUGUCGUUUCCUGGCCAGCAGCUCUAAAGACGGAUCUCUGCGUAUCUGGGACACGGUGUUGGGCCGCUGUGAGAAGAUCCUGACGGGACACACGCAGUCCGUGACCUGCGUGAAGUGGGGCGGGGACGGGCUGCUGUACUCGUCCUCCCAGGACCGCACCGUCAAAGUCUGGAGAGCCGCAGACGGUGUCCAGUGCCGGACGCUGCAGGGCCACGCCCACUGGGUGAACACGCUGGCGCUCAGCACCGACUACGUCCUGCGCACCGGAGCCUUCGAACCGGCCGACGCCACCGUCAACCCGCAGGACCUCACCGGCUCACUGGAGGAGCUGAAGGAGCGAGCGCUGCAGAGAUACAACAAAGUCCGGAGCUCGGCUCCGGAGCGCUUGGUGUCGGGUUCAGACGACUUCACCCUGUUCCUGUGGAACCCGGCGGAGGAGAAGAAGCCUCUGGCCCGGCUAACGGGCCACAGCGCGCUGGUCAACGAGGUUUUGUUCUCCCCCGACACCCGUCUGCUCGCCUCCGCCUCCUUCGACAAGUCCAUCAAGAUCUGGGACGGCAAGACCGGGAAGUACCUGACGUCGCUGCGCGGCCACGUGGGCUCCGUGUACCAGGUGGCCUGGUCGGCUGACAGCCGGCUGCUGGUCAGCGGCAGCAGCGACAGCACGCUGAAGGUUUGGGACGUGAAGACGGGGAAGCUGAACAUGGACCUGCCGGGCCACGCCGACGAGGUUUUCGCCGUGGACUGGAGUCCGGACGGACAGCGCGUGGCCAGCGGAGGGAAAGACAAGUGUCUCAGGAUAUGGAGACGAUAACGGCACACAAGCCGGCUCUUUUUUCUCUUUUUUUACCUUUUGAAAC